GUGCAAACGCGAUAAAUGAGUGCUCCUGAAGAAUCGCUAAACGGUCAGGAUCCUGAUUAUGUCACCGCGACCUCCGACGACCAAGCCCAGCAGAAGAUUUACGAAGAAAAUGCAAGAAACACUACCGCACAAAAGAUAACUGCAAUAGUGGAGAAGGAGUUCGCGCGGGAGAUUGAUUUGAAGGAGAAGGAAAUUUUACAGAUACAGGAGAGAAUACACAAAAGUCUGAAGGUCUUUCAUUUGUUGCGUUACAUCAUAAUCACUAAUUUUUACAACCGCAAACAGUGUCAAAUACCCCAAGCCGCGGAGACGAAGAAGCAGACGAGGAUUCAUCCUGCGAUUAAAACGUUGCUUGGAAAGAGUCCCAAGUCUUUUGGCUGCAUUGAUCCUGCGGUGCCGUCGACGUCGACCGAUCCUCGGUUUCUGUGCAAUGACGAGUCUUUUGCGUCGGGCGCAGGCGCUGCGGCGAGCGAUCCGCUUAAAAUCGAAGAGAAUGGGAACGAACGCGACGACGCGUCGCAAGGCGAGAAACGGAAGCCGUCGGACGAGAAGUCCCAGCCUCGUAAGGUACCUCGUUACGUGCCGCCGAAGAGCAGCGUGCCCGAGAAGGCGUGCCCGUCUCGCGGGAAUAGCCACAAGGUCCGCAAGCGCAUUAUCAUCGGCAACAUUUCCAAGUGGAUCCCGCCGGAUUGGCGAGAGGAUGCGUCCAGCCACAAGUGGACGAUGUACGUGCGCGGUGACAAAGAUGAGAAUGCCAACAUCGGCACUUUCGUCAGUAAGGUGAGGUUCUUCCUGCAUCCGAGUUACCGUCCGAACGACAUCGUUGAGGUCACGUCGUACCCGUUUCACCUGACCAGACGAGGAUGGGGCGAGUUUCCUCUCAGGGUGCAAUUGCAUUUCAAGAAUGCCUUGAACAAGCCCAUGGACAUAAUUCACCAUCUGAAACUAGACCGCACCUACACGGGACUGCAGACCCUGGGCUCGGAGACCGUGGUCGACGUGUGGAUUCGCGGGGCGGAACCCCGUCAUCCGGGGCAGAGUAACGACGAGCCCGUCGAGUCUUCCGUUAGUGACAUUUCUGUAAAGAUAGAACCGAACGACGGCAAUAGUUUCGAUGUUACUCACAAACGAUCCGCGGAAAUGUCGCGGCUUGCUGUCGACGCUUCCGCGAGAGCGCAAGUGAAAGCAGAAACAUCUGAUUCCGAGAUACGCGAACGACUGAAUUCAUCAAUGGAUUUAACGUUGGUAAACAAUUCAGAGAGCGUUGUAAUAAAAACUGAACCCGACGACGCGAUCGCUCGUUUAGCCAAUGGCAAACUCAACGAAACGAUACUCUGCUACAUCGAACAUGACCAUAACUACUUCAACUCCGCUCAUUGUACCGUGAGAGAAGGAAACACGACUGUGGAGCACUAUCCGGAAAACGACUGUACGGCACUCGCGGCGAAUUCGCCGACAGUCGAGAGUAACGAGAAAAACGAUGCAGCGGUUAGAUUUAAUGGCGAUAUCCAGUCUUCCAGCAACUACCAGCCUUUGGCAUCUUCAAACGUGACGACGGACGAUUCGCUAGUGAACACAUUCCAAGAAAACAAUAAUCCAAAGAGCCUACUUUCGCCCGACACGGUGAAAUCUUUACAAGCGAGAAACUCGAAUAAUUUCACGACUUCAGAAUCUACCCCGGCCAAAGAUGCAGUAACGGCGACCAAUGGUUUCUGCAAACGUGUCUCGCUCGAUGGUUUCAACAGCUCGCAAAAGUCUACUUCGGAAAUGUACAAUUCGCAUUUAAAGCCCCUGCACAUCUCCAUACCGCCGUCAAAUAUAUUCGCGUCCUCGACCAACAAGCAUGUGCUCCUGUUGAAGGAUAAGAAAUCAAUGCCAGUGGCUUUUACGAGUAUUCUCCCGACAAAAUUGAACGAAAACUCAAAAAUGCUCGCCGGCAACGUGAAAGUUUCCGUUCCGAGGGACGGUAGCAUCGCGAGACUAAACGUUCGCGUUCCUCAGGGUGUGAGCAUUCUAAAGAAGCCGCCCAACGUCAAGGCGAAUUCGCAGCCGGAAGACGCAGUUAACAACGACGGGAAGUCUGCUGUACUCAAGCUGAAAGGGGCUAAUAGUCUGUUGCUGAACGUCAGCGAGAACGUGCCGGUCCUGAAGAUAGCUGACUCGCGCGAUUCGCGAUACAAGUGCGGCCUCGCCGAGGCGGCGUGGAGCGACGCUCCGUCGACCGGCAACCAAGAGCCCGUGUCGUGCGCGAGAUUGGAGGAGAAGGCCGUGGUGCUGCGAACGAAGAUCACGCUGGGCAAGGACAAACUUAAGAUCCAGAGUAAGAAGGAUCUGUACGAAGCGGUGCUGCGGUCUAUCAACACCGUGAAUAUCACCGACACAGAGGGGCUGAUACGAUUUAUCAUACGCCGAUUGCCGAUCGUUACGCAAGACGUUCGCGAUCCCGAGUACAGACAGCUACAUCCGUACGCGUGUUUCAGCGAGGCGGAAUACCUGGCGUACAACGUCGGCAAGCAGCGAGCUAUGGAGUGGUACCGCGCCAAGACGAUCCGAAGUUUCCUGCGGAUGAAACCGAUCCCGAACGAUCAACUGUGGAGCAUCAAGGAGAUCAUACUGUGGGCGAGACUGCACGGUUACACACCGACUCGGAAUACUGUCGGCGUGCAGGAAACAGCCGGCACGAGCGAUACGAAGAAACUACCCGAUGCCACGACGUCCGCCGCGGUCUUGUCCACGUGUACGGAAUCGGUCGCGUUGCAAACGUGGCUGCAGACCUGCCAGCAAGGGCCUAAUCAACCGUCGUCGGAUAAUUACGUCGACGACGAGGAGAUCGACGUCGAGAGUGUUAAGGAGAGUCCGCGCAAAAUCGCAAUAGAUCGGAGAAAAAAUGACACUACCAAAAAUAGCAAUUAUUCAGCCGGUUCUACGCUAAUACCGAUUGAACUUGACGAAGAUCUGCUGCCGUUCCAUAAUUUCGUGUGCGACACCGCGCGAGAUAUCGGCGUCAAGAUCGGACCGGAGGAGAUUGUUCCUGGUGUUCUAUAUUGUGCAGCUAGUCGCGUAAUAAUGCGGGUUGUCGAAUGUUUCGUGGAGGAUCUCACUCGAUCGUCGCUGGCGAGAGCUCGGGAGAGAAACAGCGGAAAUGAAUGUCCUAAGGUUAUUACACUAAACGAUGUCCGUAACGCUCUCGCGAGUCGUGAAGAAUUUGACAUAUUCACAAAUGAAGGUUUGGGCUCGAAACAGGAUUUAAAUACAACGGAACUGUGACAACAAUCGCAAGCAAGCG